GGAUGUCAAGACAAUAGUGAUUGUGUCUACUUGUGUGAUACAAUACCCGUUGGUGAUCAACCGGGUGCAUCGUUACCUUGGAGGCAUCAAGUUUGUCUCGUGCGUUAUUGCCGGUUGCGGGUCACGAAAAACAAACAUUGGACCAAACCUGCAGCACAUCACUCAGUGAUCAACGGCUGAGUUGCACUCAUCCACUCACUUCCCCACAAACCAUCAACAAUACCUAGACCUCAAGUCGAGUUCUGGAAGUUGAGAUUCUUGGCCUGUGCUCACCCGUGGCUUCGGUUCUAGCUUGACUUGACUUGACUUGGGUCUGGGGGGAGGCUCAGACUCCACUGCUGACGACGCAUUUCUUGGGACUAAUUUAACUUAACAAAGUGAAGGCCAAAGGAAAUAACGGGUUCUCAGUGGGAGAACAACGUUGCUGCCACGGAUGACGAGGCCGGAAGACGGCACCGGGAUGUGGGUACAUACACGCCGGCCGGAUCCCGCUGUAACCGUGACGUGACGUUUCUUGUUGGCUUCAAUCGUCUCGAGAGAGAGAUUCAGGAGAGGAUGAGAGGCAAUUCGAUGAGAUUCGCUGGUCUAUUUCUCUUGGCCACAUGGAAAUCCACUCUCCAUACAAGGAUGCCUCUAAUCUCUCGUCUCUGCCUUGUCCUCCCUUUCCUGAAUCGCUUUAGGCUCACCACAUCCCGCGAUACCAAGUCUGUGAAAGGUCUUGGCCGCGCAACAAGUUGUGAUGAGAGAUGGCUUGGCAAUGACUGUUGCAUCUAUUUCAUCGGAGGUUACUGCACUUACCUCAGUUUUAGUUUUAGUAGAAACGUAACCACUAGACUUGUUAUCGUAUCCCUGAUAAAUCAAUCGCUUGUUCCCCCAUAAAUUCUAUUUCAUCUUAUUUACAGCCUUGUUUUCGCAAUAGCCUCUGAUCUCUGCUCUAGGAGUUGCUCCUGUCAACCUCAAACUCUCUCGUCUUAGACUUUCAAACUUCGCAUAACACCCUGUCAUAGCCUUUACUCUCUACAACAUCUCCCUUGAAGCCGUUUCUAGCUUCUCAUCCGUCCUGCUUUCGAAACGCCUCGCUCAAAGUUAAUCACUGUUUCCCACCGGCUACAUUCCUCUCAAAACGUGCACUCGAUCACUUCAAGAGGCCACUUCCACGAAUUGGGCGUCCACCACCGGAUCAUCGGCAUAGGAUUUGCAUUUUCUAGUUCUAGACUUAUCCUAUUUCUGUCUAUAAUUUCUCAGCCACAUCAACACCAAACAACAUAUACGUUUUGCCCAUGGCCCACAGCAGUACUUGAAAUCGCCGUGCCUUUUUUCUCUCAGUCACUUCUCUUAUCCGACUCUAGCGCAUCAUGUUUCAAGCACGAUGGAAAUCACCCGCAGAGCUCGAUCAUCAACUCCCAAGCCGCCGUGACAGUCAAGAUUCUGUCAUGGGUAGACUUGGUGGGAAAAAUGUCUUCAUCUUUUGCUCUACUCGCGUUUGGCGCGGCGCGCCUAAGCUUAUCCUUCAAAUCGCUGCCAUCUUCUUCACCAGCUUUCUUAUCUUCGGCGUAUUACCGAAUCGACUAUCAGGUGGACAGCUCGGAAACAGCUACACUGGAUUACUUUCUUGGGGUAGACAUGAGCCAGAACCCGAAUCAAAUUUGAGGAUCGUGGUGUUUGGAUCCCCUGAUGUCGUGGGUAAUGUCAAAGAUCCCCGACGCAAAACAUGGACAGAAGAGUUAUGUGACGAGCUCAACUGCAGUUCUUAUCUCUCCUUUGUGCCAGAUGGUCAACCGAACAGGGGCCUCAUCAGCAACGAACUCCAUCAAAAAGGCGUCAAAGAUCUUCUCAACAUCACAAAACAUACAGACGUGAAGAAGAAGCCAGCCUUUGACUACAACUACAUUUCUAAACAGUACCCAACUCCAGACAAAGUCCCUGACCUAGCCAGCCAAGUGAAGACCUUCCUCGCGAUGCCACCACCUGAAAUUCCCCCGCGCGAAACGCUCUGGAUCUUCAGCUUCGGCACUUGGGAAGUCUGGAACAUGGCCGCAAUGCCAAGGACGAAGUCAGAAGAUAUUAUUACAGAUAUGGCGAGAGUUAUCCUUGACCAGGCUGAAAUACUCUACGAACGAUCAUUAGACCCAACUUCCAUUGCGUACUCGGACUUUUGGACAAAUGCGACCGAAACCCAGAUUAGAGAGCUGACGGCACCCGGCGCUCUGGAUAGUGUCGACAAACGCAAGUUCGAGAGCUUUCGCAUUAUCGCGCCCAUGAUAUUCGAUAUAUCCUUGACACCGGCGUGGCAAACUCGACAGGCGCCACCAGCACCCAACAGCGUAGUAGAGCACACACGAAAUGCCGCGGAACUGACCAAAUACUGGAAUCAAGAGGUAGAUUUUGCAGUUGCUGAGUGGAUUGAGAGAUCGACCAAGAAACCCCAGAAGCCGGCUUCUGAGGACAAGGCAUCAAGCAAGAGCAAGAGAGCCGAGAGUGUUGAGCCAGUUGAGCACAGCGAAGACACAAAAGACUCGGCGAAGAAGACAUACGAGGACGAGCGUGUUAUCCAAGCUCCAUACCCCAUGCGUAACGGGCUGGCGGUGGACAUUGGAAAGGUGCUUCUCGAUGCUAUGACAGAGGGUGAGAUGCAGCGUGCGGCGGUGGUAGAUCUGCGAGGACGCGGUACAAUGUCACCAAACGCGACGAUGCGAUUCGCCGAUGUCUGGACUUCAUGUGUCAAGGCUGAUAUGUCUGAUCUCAUCAUCGAUCAGGACAAGGUCACGGCUGACUGUGCAGUUGAGAACGACCAUUUAUUCUACGACUCAUUGACGAUAAGCGAAAGGGCCACGAAGGGUGUGGUUAAAGCGGUUGUGCAAGAGAUCAAAGAUGAGCUGUUCAAUGCACAGAAGAAGAAGGGUUGGUUAUACGGGGGAUGGUAGUUCAAGCAAGCGUGUAUGAUGAGUUGUUUUCCAGUUUGCAUUUGGCAUUGCAUUGCAUUGGUAUUGGUUGAUACCCGGUGGUUAGAGACAUGGAAAUGCAUAUAUGAUUAAAGACAGGAUGAAUGGAUGGCGUUUAGGAGUAGAUAGAAUCACUAUAGUGAUGAGAGGGAGAACGAGCAUCUUCAUAUGUAUACGCUAUGUCAAUACGAAAUUGACAACCCUGUGAGCCCCAUCAGUAACUACAAAGUCAAUUCUUGACGUACGGGCCGAACCUCGAGGGACUAACAGGGGGCUCUCCCGAGGCCGAGAUCGCCGCCUCGAUGCUGGAUCUACUACCAGGAAGCGGGACACCAUGAAACGUAAAGAUCGGUUGGUAAGAGAUUAAGUUAAAGUUGGUUGAUCACCAAGAAGGCUGGUUCUUAACCUGCAGGAUUUAAUGUCCG